GUCCGAUCCCGCUGAAAAAAAGAAAAAGAAGAAUUUGACACCUCAGCUGGCUUGAUAGAGACUCCGCCUCUCGCUCGUGCACCGCAGCCGCACUUGUUCUCCUCCAAGUCGCAGACAUCGAUCGAAUUUUGCUGCUCCUAACGACAUGCGUGUGGCUGUAAUCGGCGCCGGCGUCAUUGGACUGUCCACAGCUCAGAGCAUAUACGAGCAGUACCACUCCAUUGUCAAGCCGCUGAUCAUCGAGGUGUACGCAGACCGCUUCACGCCGCUGACCACCAGCGAUGGAGCGGCAGGUUUUUGGCAGCCGUACAUCAAUGACAAGGGCGAUGCCCAGGAGAGGAAGUGGUUUAAAGAGACUUUUGACUACUUGCUGAGCUGCCUCCGUUCACCGGAUUAUGUAAAAAUGGGUGUUUUCCUGGAGUCCGGCUACAACCUCUGCACAAUGCCAACCCCCGACCCGACAUUUAAAGACACAGUCCUGGGCUUCAGGUAUCUCUCGGACCGAGAGCUGAAGAUGUUUCCUGGCUACAGUUAUGGGUGGUUCGAUACUGCUCUGAUCUUGGAAGGUAAAACGUACUUACCUUGGCUGAUGGACUGGUUGGCUAAACGAGGUGUGAAAUUUUAUCACAGGAAAAUUGGCUCUUUUACAGAGCUGUCUAAAAAUGGUGUCGACGUGAUAAUAAACUGUACUGGGAUAAGAUCUGCAGACCUGCAGCCUGACUCUGACCUUCAACCUGCCCGGGGACAGAUAAUAAAGGUGGAGGCCCCAUGGCUGAAGCACUGGAUUAUGACCCACACUGCUAAAGGGGUUUACAACUCGCCAUACAUCAUUCCAGGGAGUCGUUUCGUGGUAGUCGGCGGCGUGUUCCAGUUGGGCAACUGGAAUGAGCAAAACGAUUCCGCCGAUCAUAAGACCAUUUGGGAAAAGGCUUGCCAGCUCGAGCCCAGCCUCAGGCAUGCCAGGAUAGUGGACGACUGGACCGCCCUCAGGCCAGUCCGAAGCAAAGUCAGAUUGGAGCGAGAGACUCUGCUGUCCGGUACCGCCGCGGUCGAGGUGAUCCACAACUACGGCCACGGAGGUUUCGGGAUGAGCAUUUACAAAGGCUGCGCCCAGGAAGCAGCCAGACUGUUUGGCGAGAUCGUCAAAGAAAAGGGAAAGCUGCCAAAAGCUCACCUGUGAAAUUUUACACAGCAUUUGUGAUUCGAUUUGGAUCAAAUUAUCAUCUGACAAAGUCAUUACCAUGAGAUAAAGGAGCGAUUAGUAAUCAUGCGUAAAUUCAAAUCUGACGGGCUUACAAAUUAAACCACACAAUUGAAUGUAAAUAUUUAUGCAGAACUUAAAAACUUUGAUGAAUAACAUCAAAUCAUCAAAGAUUUUACUGGCAUCAUGUGGUACAUUGACAUUGUGAUGACAAAAUUCAGUGUACAUCUUAAUACUGAUUACUGUAAUAAGCAGCAGCUAAUUUUUCCAAACAAAACAGGUUGAGAAAAUCCAUAAUUCUCGUUAUCUCUUUCCAAAGAAACUGACAUUUGAUGAAUUAUUUACAGAGGUAUAAAUCUCGUUAAAUGACUGUUUAGUACGUGAACAAAUAUUGUUGAUGGAGUUUGAUGUUACGAGUCCACCGAGAUCACAUAAUCGUGUAGCGUCACAUUAAAAAUAUUGCAAUUGCUGUGUGGGUUUUUUUUUUUUUUUAAAUCAGGCUGACAGUAAAUAAAAGAAGUCCUCCCAGAUAUGAAUCUCCACUCGUGUAUUUUCCAGUGCAAUGAGACUUCCAUUGAGUUCAGAAUUAUCGCAGACAACACGCACAGUACAUAAAGUACUACAAACGGUGAACAUCAUUUUAACAUCAUGGUCAAAAAAUGGUCAUGGCCUAAAUCGGGGGUCAUCAACGUUUUUGAGGCGGAGGGCGACUUCGUGAGAACUGAUUGUACGAAGGGCUGCAUGACUUGUUUGCAGCAAACUUCAGUCAUAGUUCAUUAUACAUACAUAAAAUAUUUUCGUUUUAAUUUUUUGCAUGUGACAUUACAGGUAUUUCAAAAAUUUAAAUAACAUCAGCAAGUCAGAUUCAAAAUUUAAUUUGGUAUUUUUAGAACAUGCCUCACGAGCGCCUUAAUAUGUCCUCGAGGGCGAC